UUAUUGUGCGUUGGAAAAUUGUCAGUAUACUGGAGUGAAAAUCCAAGAGCUAAAUAUAUGGUAUGGUAGAUUAAGAUAAUUUGGCUUUUCUACAAGAUGGAAACACCAUCGCAUGAAACACGAAGUUUUGAACGAAGGUGGAGUGUUAAAAAUUCAAGGAAUUGCUUCCCAGAUAAUCAACACUAAAUAUAUCUUAGCUCCUCUCAUGGGAAGUUUAUUUUGCUGCUAACCACACUCGCAUGACCCAAGAGACUCCAGCUGACAAAGCUAAAAUGCCGAAGUGUCCCAAGUGCAACAAGGAAGUGUAUUUUGCUGAGAAGGUGUCUUCUCUCGGCAAAGAUUGGCACAGGCCUUGCUUGAGAUGUGAAAAAUGCAAUAAGACUCUGAGUUCUGGUGGUCACGCCGAGCACCAGGGUAAGCCGUAUUGCAAUAAGCCAUGCUACUCUGCUUUGUUUGGCCCAGGAGGUUUUGGCCACGGUGGAACAGAGUCACAUAAAUACUGACUUCACCACGCACUACAAGUUCAGUUCAGACAUGACUGACGCUGACCGCACCCAAGGCAUAAUUAGGACGAUGACAUGUUUUGUCUUUUGUAGCUCUUGCCAGUAAUCCUAAAUAAAGACGAAUGUAUUUUGUCACUUGUUGGUUUA